UUGCUAGUGCGCGUGGGAAAAGGAAGAAAGGAAGUUAUUAUAAAAACGAAGCAAAGAAGAAUUGAAUUUGAAAGCCAAAUCAAAUAUUGGGCGCAGAGGAACCGCGAGGUUUCGUUCUAUCGCUUUCGUUGAGUUCAGACAUUCUAAAUUCUAAUCUCAACGAACAUUCAUAUCGAUUCCUCUCCUCAACGUUUUCUCAAUCCAUCGCUCUAUUGCACUACGCCAAAGUUAUGAGGAGCCAACUUGUGUGUAAUGGCUGUAGGAACAUCUUGGUUUACCCUAGAGGAGCAUCCGAUGUUUGCUGUGCACUGUGUCACACUGUUUCCUCUGUUCUUCCUCCUGUUGAACUUGAUUACAUCUCGGGGAACAUUAGAUUUCCUGGUGCCCUUACAGGAAUGGAAGUGUCACAAAUUUAUUGUGGAGGCUGUAGGACAUUGCUAAUGUACGCACGUGGUGCUACAAGUGUGGGAUGUUCCUGCUGUCACAGUAUUAACCUUGUACCCGAGUCUAAUCAAGUCAGCCAUAUCAAUUGCCGGAACUGCCGGACCAUACUCAUGUAUCCUUAUGGAGCUCCCUCAGUCAAAUGUGCAAUAUGUCACUAUAUUACUAGUGUCGGUAUUACCAAUGGAAGGCUUCCAGUUCCUGUACAGAGACCAAAUGGAACAGUAUCUUCUACUUCAUCAUCAAUGCCUCAUUCUCGGAGCCAAACUGUCGUAGUAGAAAAUCCUAUGUCUAUUGAUUCGAGUGGGAAAUUGGUGAGCAAUGUUGUCGUGGGCGUUACAACAGAUAAAAAAUGAAAAUUCUCGUAUAAUUAUGUUAUAUAAGUGUAAAGGAACAUUAUUUUACUCAUCAUCAGCUGCUAGAGCUUGAAGAUAUAGUUCGUGAAUCUGAAAUGGCUGCAAUAGAAGUAAUACAUUUUAUCCUCUAUUUUAUGUUUAUGCAUACAAGGAGAAGAAUUUUGUCUUUGAAUUAGAAUUAGCAUAUUCAGUAAGUUUGCUAAUAAUAAUUUUAUUAUGCAAGAAUAUGUGUGUAUAGACUUCUCCAUUGUGUGUCAAAUGAAAGAUACCAAAGUCUAUCUAUGUAUAAUAUAAUAUACUCUCACAUCUUUCUAACACUGUUUCAACAA